CGGCCCGAGCAACAGGUCUGAGGAGCGUCAGUCGUGGGCGAGCAGCUCAGCAGUGCGCUUGUGGUGUUGUGAGGAGCCAUGUCGGUGGCGCGCCUCUGCCAGUAUUCUAGCACCAUCCUCUGGGCCACCGGAGGAUUGUCCUGUAUCCUUGUCAUUGUUGCGGUGGUGAUGUCAGUGGAUGACCCAAAAGAUGUCACCCGCAGGGAUGAUGUUACUCUUGCUGACGUCCAGAACUUCAUUAUAAAGAACAUCAAUCCAGACAACAUCAGGCGUUCCCUUAGACACCUGACGCUGGAGCCGCACCUCGGCGGAACGGACGGGGAGCUGGGGGUAGCCCGCUGGGUGGCUCAGACCUGGCAGCGCCAGGGUCUCGAUCAGGUCCAUCUGGUGCCCUACAAGGUCCUCCUCUCCUACCCGGACCCUCUCAUACCCAACUUGGUACGCAUAGUUGACGAUGAGGGGAGUGCCGCGUGGGUGUCUGCAGCCAAGCAAAAGGCUCUUUAUGCACCCGAAGAAGCUUCGCCAGAAUUGCCUUUCACCUUCCUCGGGUAUGCUCCCCGCGGUAAUGUGACGGGUGACGUUGUGUAUGCUUACUAUGGUCGUGAAGAAGACUUCGACUUCCUAGCAGAAGAAGGUAUUGACUUGUCUGGCAAGAUUGUCAUUGCUCGCUAUGGCCAAAUCUUCAGAGCUAAUAUUGUACGAAUGGCAGAGGAGCGUGGAGCCCUUGGAGUUGUAAUGUACAGUGAUCCAGCAGACUAUGCUCCUGCAGGCCCUGACUUCGUCUACCCACACUCCUCCUACAUGCCCCCAUCUGCUUCCCCAUUUGGGACUGUUAAACUGGGGGAUGGCGACCCUCUUACUCCAUUUUAUCCUGCCAUAGAGAGUGCGUUCCGUAUUCCAGAGGAAGAAGCAUCCUUACCAAAGAUUCCAGCACAAAGCAUUAGCUACGACGAUGCUUGGCAGAUACUGAGCCGUAUGGGAGGAGCUGUUGCUCCAGCAAGCUGGCAGGGUAACCUGAACCUUACUUACCGCAUUGGACCAGGCCUCGCACACCCAGGCUGGAAAGUCAACGUGGAUGUCAACAAUAACAACACUCAAACUACCACUUACAAUGUUGUGGGAGUCAUUACAGGCCACGAGGAACCGGACAGAUACGUUAUUCUCGGCAACCACCUGGAUGCUUGGCUCUUCGGUGGCUUGGAUCCCAACUCCGGCACAGCCGCUAUGCUCGAACUGUCGCGGGUCUUUGCUCAUCUACGUAACGAAACGGGUUGGCGGCCCAGACGUUCUCUGGUGUUCUGUGGAUGGGGCGCCGAGGAGUACAUGACUGUGGGCUCAACAGAGUGGACGCAACAGUUCGCCAAACAACUGUCUGACAAGGCUGUAGCUUACCUCAAUGUUGACAUGGCAAUAGAAGGUAACUACACACUGCGCACCAAGUCCUCGCCUCUCCUCGCUGAUGCUGUAUUCGAGAGUGCGAAAAAGAUCCCUAAUCCAGAUCCAGUCGAAGUCAUGGCUGGUCGCAAGAAUGUGUACGCCACCUGGGCAGCUCGGAGGCCAGACCCCCUACAGCCUGACACCCCUCUCCUGCAGGCCAUUGGGUCAGGCAGUGACUACAAGGGCUUCCAGCACAAUCUGGGUAUACCCUGUAUGGAUACUCGGUACACCCAUGACAAUAGAACCAUUGGAGAACCCAUGUACCACACACUGUAUGAAACCUUCGCUGUGGUGGAUGAAAUAUAUGACAAAGGCUUCCACUUCCACUCUGCCGUGGCAGCCAUGUGGGGAGACCUCGCUGUGGUACUCUCAGAGUCUAAGGUACUCCCGUUUUCUUUGGUCACAUAUGCGGCUUUUAUCCAGAGAGCUCAGGACCAUAUCGCUCAGCGCUAUGGGGAACUUAUCCAGUCGCAAAAUAUUACGCUAAAGUACUUUACUGAUGCUGGACAGAUGUUCAAUACGAGUGUUUUUACCUUCAAUAAAGCGCUGGAGUCUUUAGACCUGAAAAGUCCUCUGGCUGUUCGUCGUGUCAAUGAUCAAUUGAUGAUGGUGGAAAGAGCAUUCAUUGAUCCCCGGGGCCUUCCGGGACAGCCAGAAUUGAACCAUGUAGUAACCGCCCCCAGCAAGAACGAUGCAUAUUCCGGCACAGCAUUUGCUGGAUUAGUUGAUACACUCGCUGAUAUUGAAGAGGCAACAGAGGAGGACCGGCCACACCUGUGGAGAACCUUUGCUGAACACCUGGCAGCUGUCACCCACCUGAUAGAAACAGCUGCUAAAGUUCUCUCGGAUGAUCUCUGGUAGAAGAGAUUCCCAAAAUGGAAGCUUUUGUUUAUAUUUUGCAGCUGUCAACCACCUGCUUGAUACAGCUGUCAACCACCUGUUUGAUACAGCUGUCAACCACCUGUUUGAUACAGCUGUCACCCACCUGCUUGAUACAGCUGUCAACCACCUGCUUGAUACAGCUGUCACCCACCUGCUUGAUACAGCUGUCACCCACCUGCUUGAUACAGCUGUCCUCCCACCUGUUUGAUACAGCUGUCAACCACCUGUUUGAUACAGCUGUCAACCACCUGUUUGAUACAGCUGUCAACCACCUGUUUGAUACAGCUGUCAACCACCUGCUUGAUACAGCUGUCAACCACCUGUUUGAUACAGCUGUCAACCACCUGUUUGAUACAGCUGUCAACCACCUGCUUGAUACAUCUGUCAACCACCUGUUUGAUACAGCUGUCAACCACCUGCUUGAUACAGCUGUCAACCACCUGUUGGAUACAGCUGUCAACCACCUGCUGGAUACAGCUGUCAACCACCUGCUUGAUACAGCUGUCAACCACCUGCUUGAUACAGCUGUCAACCACCUGUUUGAUACAGCUGUCAACCACCUGCUGGAUACAGCUGUCAACCACCUGCUGGAUACAGCUGUCAACCACCUGCUUGAUACAGCUGUCAACCACCUGUUUGAUACAGCUGUCACCCACCUGUUUGAUACAGCUGUCCUCCCACCUGCUUGAU